GCAGGUACUGAAAUAUCUAAAUACAAUAAAAUGAGUCUGAAGAGAAUUAAAAAUGGAUCAGUCAAAGGCUUGAAACAGUAAGGGACGAACAUUUAUGACCAUUCUGCUUGAUCAUGUGGUGAGUUUAGUGAUCAGCAUAAGAAAGCACCUAAUGAAAAUCACUUCUGUUUUCUGAAAUAUUUUGCAACUUUCUUCUCUUUAAAACUGACUUCCAUACAAAAAACACGACCUUCUACUCUGCUUUUGCCUCCACUGAGUCACUGGUGUGCACGGGUGUGUUGUAUAAACAAUACUUCAUUUUCAUUUAACACAAAGCGCGUGGAGGCGUCGUUGGAUGCUGUAUAAUUGGCGCGUAAUUACGCACUGCGGACCGGUGACGCUCGUUGGGGAUUCUACCCAUAUCAUGCUACUUGUAACCGCAAGUGAGUGAGUGUGUACGUGUGUGUGUUUGGGGCGUAGCUUCUCUGUGAAAUUUAGUUUUUUCCCCCCCCUUUUCUUCUUGCGUUUCUCUCGCCACUUCAAAACUGCUGUCGGAGGGGGAAUUGUGUCACCCGCCUGCGCUACAGAUCUACAGAUGCCGCUUAAACGCUCCACAGAUUGGUCGCUGUUGAUGUGAAAACAUCCAGAGACGAUGUACAGGUUCGUUAAGAUGGCUGGUUCUGCAGCUCACACUUGUGGAAUAUUCCUGGAUUACAGCAGAAAAACUUCUUUACUCCUCUGGGACUAGAAGCAGUGUUGUGGGUGACCGUCUUCUCUGUGAACAGCCUGCAGGUUUUAGUCCUUUAACACACUUUGCUGAGAUGAAUACGUUCUACAUCGUGAUUGAAGUAGUAAUUGCUGUUCUCUCCAUAUCCGGCAACAUACUGGUUUGCUGGGCCGUCGCCAUCAACACCACUUUGAAGAACGCCACCAACUAUUUUCUGGUGUCUCUGGCUGUGGCUGAUAUUCUGGUCGGUUGCCUCGCCAUCCCCUUUGCCAUAACCAUCAGCAUCGGCAUACAUCUGGACUUCUAUGGAUGCCUCUUUCUGGCAUGUUUUGUCUUGGUACUGACACAAAGCUCCAUCUUCAGUCUUCUUGCUAUUGCAAUUGAUAGAUAUCUGGCCGUCAAAAUUCCUCUGAGGUACAAGGAGUUGAUGACGGGAAAGACCGCCAGAGAGAUCAUCGCUAUUUUAUGGAUCCUCUCCUUUGUCAUAGGCCUCAUCCCCUUCUUUGGCUGGAACUUGAAGUACUCGAGCUGCAAGAACGGCAGCUCUGGGGUGGACAACACUACAAACCCUGACCUCAAGGAGGGGCUGAGGGGCGGAGGAGACUUACUACGGAGCUGCAAGCUCAAGUGCUUCUUUGAGAGCGUGGUGGACAUGCAUUACAUGGUCUACUUUAAUUUCUUUGUGUGUGUGCUGCUGCCUCUGCUUCUCAUGCUGGGCAUCUACAUGAAGAUCUUCACCGUGGCCAGGAAGCAGCUGAGACAGAUCGAGCUCAAGUGCGUGGGCAACGGGGACAGCCAUAACCACGGGCUGCUGCAGAAGGAGAUCCGGGCCGCCAAAUCCCUCUCCAUCAUAGUGGGAUUGUUCGCCAUCUGCUGGCUACCCGUCCACAUCCUCAACUGCCUCACGCUGUUUUACAGGGAGAUGCAUAAGCCGGAGGUUGUCAUGUAUGUGGCCAUCAUUCUGUCUCAUGCCAACUCCGCGGUCAACCCCAUCAUCUACGCUUACCGCAUCCAGGACUUCAGGAACACCUUCCGCAAGAUCCUGGCCCAACACGUCCUGUGCCGCAGGGAGGAGCUGUACCUCAGCUCCAACGGCAGCAGACGCAACAGAGACCAGAUCCACAUGACCAUUGACCCUCUGCUAUAGAUUCGUGACAGAGGAGGAGUAUUAUGUGUGUCAGCUCUGUUGUUUCAGUCUUGAAUUUUAUUUUCACUGAGGUUUAUAAUGUUUACAGAACAAGGGUGUGAUAUGUGAAGAUGGACUGAUGUCAAACACGCCUUGAAUGUGGACAUUUAUUUAUGAAUUGUGCCGAGUAUCAGGGGUCAAGCAGUGAAAUGUUGAAUGACGAGUCUUACAGAACUUUUGUAUUGUGAAGGAUUUUUGAUUUUAAAAAAUGUGUUGAAGCUAACUGGAUUUGUAGGACUGUGAACAGGAUCCAAACUUUGCUACAUUCUAAAAUGCUAUUUAUCAUUCUGAAUCCACCCUGUUACAACUCAUAACACUUCUUUUUUUGCCCUAUUUUAUAUUGUCAACAUUCAGCCAGUGUUUAUUAACUUAUUUAUUACAAAACCUUAUCUUUGAGAAUGUAAAGAUCAAAAAACUUUGUGUGGCUAGUUCUGUAUUUGUGGACCUUGAAAGGUACAAUAGUAGUAGUCUACAUCCAUGGUUAUCUUUGGCUUGUGAUCCUUUAAAAUUAACUCCUACUCAUGACCAUCACAGGCUCAAUAUUCAGAAAGAAGUACAGAUUUCCUUUUGUCAAUACAAUACUUUUGUAUUGCAGAAAUGUUCUUGAGCUGCUGCUUAAAAGUGCCAGUGUUUGCAAGUGUUCCUGUUGCUGCACUAGUGAAUCCUCCACGAAAUGUGUGUGUACAGGCAGAGGGACACAGUAGUCUACAGGGACUCUCAUACAACUAAAUUAGAAGACAAUGGGGAAAAUGCACAAGAAAAAUGAUCUUGAGCCCUGUGACUAAGAGCCAGAGGAAGGCGUUUUAGUAGCUACUAGAUGAACAGCUGGUUUGAUUCAGUCACGCAGACCCACACAUAAGUAGUUUAGCAACACACACUUGCAGUGGUGCUUCAUAUCAUUUCCAUAUUAACAAGACCAAAGCUCAGGAAGUGGGAAACUGAUUGUACCCUUUAUAGAAAUAUGGCAUCUGCACAGAGAAGACAAGUGAAGACAUGCUGUAAGUUAAAUUUGAUACUUCAAAAUCAGUGCAAUUUACAUUAUUACUCAUCAUCCAAGCGUCUGGUACACAUGUAUUUAGUGGCUUGCAAGCAUAAAGUACCAUUGCUUUGAUUAAGUUGGGCAUAUAUGAAUGACACCUGCCUUAGGACUCCAGCUGACAACCCAUCUCCCGUCAGACACAGUCUCAGCUGGGAUCCUGAGGCUCUCAUCUGCCCUGUUAGCACAUUCAGUCCUCCACAAGCUGCUGAAGUCACUGACUGAACUGAGAUGAGCUGUUUCAUUUAUGAAAAAAAUACAGUUUUAAGGAUGAAAUCUCUAAAAUAUGUUGCACUGAAGACUCGUUUUAAUCAAACUCCUAGUGAGCCAACACUCCUUACUCUUCUGUGCUCGCAAAUAUAUGCGAUUGAUAAACACUUAAGUCCAGUUGAACCCAAAUAGAGAGAUAUUUUUUUAGUGAAGCAGGUAACACUAAUGAAAUGUUCUCUGAGAGGCAAAUUCUUACUUCUUUGCACUUCAUGGUGCUCAUAUGCAGCAUCAUAGUUUGAAGCAACACAGCUGCAACGCUGCUUUCCACUAAGUCAAAUCUUGCUGAGUACCUUUAACCACCACACCCCUUGCAUCUUUUCUGCUGGGGUGUGGUGGUUAGCAUUGUUGUGCGUGUUCCUGUUGAGCUAAUAAAACUGAAGACAGGGGCGAGAGCUGAUGAAUCACAAAAAAGGUCUUGGUGAAUUUAAUCGUCAGUUUGGAGUGUCGUAAUUUUAUGUGAAAAAAUGAGGGUGAAGUUGGUCACCUGAGAGCCUUCACUACACAAAUGAGAACACAUUGCACUGACAUUUCAGAUUAUUUCCCGUUUGGUGUGCUUCAUUGGUGGUGUUGAACCAUGUUGUACUGGUGUUUAACAAGUGUUCUUAAGUGGGCAUUUGCCUCCACUGCUUCACUAUCUCUCCACAUUCACCGCUGUGUCCAGUGUACCACCUCUGACUAACUUCAAGGGCUAAAAUACAGGAGUGUGCCAAAGUUUUAGUACAUUCCAAUGGAGACAUCUAUACUGUAACUGCACUGUAAUGUUGUAUUAUUGUCUUUGUUGACUGAUGUGUAAAAAUAAGUACUGUAGGUGUCCAGCUUUCUACAAGCUAUUAAUUGAUGUCAAACUUUUGCGAUUUAAAGGUAAGACGGACAAUAACAAGUUGAUCUAGUUCAACAUUCCUGCCUUUCAUUCCGAAGUACCUAUCUGUCAGUGUGCUAUAGUGUCGUUACUAAUCAGGAAAAACAUCUACUGUGGUCAAGCUGAUGUUCAACCUUUCCAGAGGCCAUUUUUUCUUUCAUUCAACAAAACUACAACUGCGAACUUAUACCGCUAUUUAACAUGAUGCAAUCUGUAUGUAUGGUGAAUUAUUUUGUUAAUAAAGGCAAUGUUUAUAUUGUUA